CAUCAACAGCGCGCCGGUCGAGACACGAUGCCAGAGCUCACGCCGACUCUGAUCUGGGCGCAACGCGCGAGCAAGGUCUUUGUCACCUUCGAGCAGCUGGGCACCACCGACGUCAAAGUCUCGCUGACCGCCGGCCUCUUCACGCUGUCGGCCAACGUCAAGGACAGCGACAAGAGCUACAAGAUCGAGAACAUGCCGCUCUGGGAUGAGAUCGACGAGGAGGGCAGCACGUGGUUUCAGAACGACAGGGCUGUGGUGAUCUCGCUGAAGAAGAACAAGGAGGAAUGGUGGGACGGGCUGACCAAGGAGAAGUCGCUCAAGCGCUUCAUCAAGGUGGACUUUGCCAAGUGGUGCGACGAGGACGACAAGGAGUACACUGGCGAGGACUCCUUCCCGGGCGGCGGGUACGACGAGAUGGGCGGCAUGGGUGGCAUGAUGGGCGGCAUGGGCGGGAUGGGCGGCAUGAUGGGCGGCGGCAUGGGCGGCAUGGGCGGGAUGGACAUGGACAAAUUGAUGGCUGGCAUGGGCGGCAUGGGCGGCGGCGACUUUGAUGGCGACGACGACGACGCGCUCGACGACAUCGACCACCUUCCCGGCCUGCCUUCGCUCGCGGACGAGGACGGCCCGCCUCCUCUCGAGGACGAUGCCAGCAAAGCGGCGGAGGCGGAGCUCGAGGAGGUGGACUGAUCGCGGCACACACGCCCUUCUACCGCGCCCUCUCCAGACCCGCCAAAUACUCGUGCGCAGCCCCGUGCGCUCCUACCCGAUGUGUUGCGAACCUUAUGUGUGGCUCGGGGGCGCCAACGCGCCCCCGCGCCCGAGCCUGCCGAGGCCCCGAGCAGCCCCCCCCUUCCCCCCCCUCCUCGCUUUGAAAGAGUUUGAGGCGUCCGCUCCGUUGUCCCCGCGUCGCCCACGUCCCAGCAUCAGAAGAGCGGCUCCCCCCCCGCCCCCCCGCACGCCCCCCUCUCCUCUCUCAUUGUACGUUUAGAUGAAAUUAGCA